UCCUCUCCUCAUACUCGACUCGACUUCAUAUUAUACUGAUUCACCAUGGCAUCAGGCCUCUUCUUCGACCCAAUCAAGCUGCUGCGCAUCGCUCCCCUCGUCACCACGACGUCGUCCCUGAUGUUCGCCUGGGACGAGCACUGGUUCCUGUCUGGCUUCCUGCAGUCUCACGCCGAACCAGCCACCGACGCCGACUACAAAGCCCACAGCAACGCCCUGCUGCCUCGCUAUUUCCGCCGAUUCUUCGACCAGGGCAUCUGGAUCAUUGCCUCGCUCAACACCGCCACCCUGGCCUCCUCCAUCACCAAUCUGCUCAUCGACCGCCCGCUCAGCAGAACCUCGACCCGCUGGUACAGCGCCGGUCUGGCUUUCACUAUCGCCCACUUCCUGUUCGUCCCGCUGAUUGCGUAUCCCAUUCGGGAUAUCGUUGAGGACCGUGCGCAGGGCGAGAGCUCGCGCGAUCUGAAACGCUGGAUCGAUAUCCACCGCGUUCGCGUCGUUGUGGCGGAUAUACCGGGCUGGUUGAGUUUCUUUGGGGCUGUUUUGGCGACGCUGAAGCUGUAACUAGCUUUCCUCGUUGAACCAUUGCUGCCCGUCUGGGAUGCAGGUUGGGAUAUAGCAGUCUCCCACACAGCUCGCGGUGCGUGUGAAGAGGACAUCCAGUCACUCAGGAGUGUUAGAGGUUGCGGUGGUGUUCCGACUGUGAUGUUGAAUAGGGGACCUAGGGCUGAUGACUGCAUAGGAACAGCAAUGGAUGUUGGUGAUGCCGUUGCCUGAGACUCAGCGAGCGUAGGCCAUACUGGCUAUGGCCAGUGCAAUGAAGAAACCUUUCUGGAAGUCCAUUUCGUGGUAUACAUGAAGAUCCUUUCUUUUCUUUUCUUUCUUUUCUUUUAUGCCAUUCCAGCCGCGAGCGUAGGCAAUAUCAAAAUUAACAAGCACAUGUUGGAGAUUUAUAACAGAAGCUGGCAACUGAUUGCAGUAUUUUCAAUUUACCAUAUAUAUAGGAGAUAUCUAAAAUAAGCUAUAACGCC